GCCCGCGGUCUCCUUGGCGACGUGCGGGCCAAUGGCAGCAGCGGAAGCUGUUUAUGGGGGCGGGGCGUCGCCAUGGCAGCAGGCGAAGCCUUCUGAGCGGCUACUUAAUGCCGGUCCCCAGGCCGAGGGCACUCAGAGAAGCGCCGUCGGGCGGGGGGGGCGACGAGGGGCGCUGGCGUGGCCCUCGAGCUGAGGGCAGAGAACCGCGGGGAGUGGAAGGAACUUCUUCCAGAACUUUCUUCUGGCCCGGCUGCGCUCUGUGCCAGGCCGCGCAUUCGUAUUCGGAGGAGGCGACCCCCGGGUCGCGGAAUGGAAGUGCGAGUCGGGGAGGCUGUGUAACUGGAGCCGCGGGAGCCAGCGGGCGGAGAGCGUGGCGGGCCACCCGGCUCCGGCCGUGGAUGUUGACCGCCCCCUCGGAGAGUCCCCGCAGACAUGGCGGAGAGCUGGCUGCGCCUCUCGGGAGCAGGGUCGGCGGAGGAGGCUGGUGCGGAUCGCAGCCUGGAGGAGCCCGACGCCCUGGAUGACAGCCUGACCAGCCUGCAGUGGCUGCAGGAAUUCUCCAUCCUCAACGCCAAGGCUCCCACCCUGCCCCCGGGGGGCACCGACCCCCACGGCUACCACCAGGUGCCAGGCUCGGUGGCGCCCGGGUCCCCCUUGGCGGCAGACCCCGCCUGCCUGGGGCAGCCGCACACACCUGGCAAACCCACAUCGUCGUGCACGUCGCGGAGCGCGCCCCCGGGGCUGCAGGCCCCGCCCCCCGACGACGUGGACUACGCCACCAACCCGCACGUAAAGCCGCCUUACUCGUAUGCCACUCUCAUUUGCAUGGCCAUGCAGGCCAGCAAGGCCACCAAGAUCACCCUGUCGGCCAUCUACAAGUGGAUCACGGACAACUUCUGCUACUUCCGCCAUGCUGAUCCCACCUGGCAGAAUUCCAUCCGCCACAACCUGUCCUUGAACAAGUGCUUCAUCAAAGUGCCUCGGGAGAAGGAUGAACCAGGCAAGGGGGGCUUCUGGCGCAUCGACCCCCAGUACGCUGAGCGGCUGCUGAGCGGGGCCUUCAAGAAGCGGCGGCUGCCCCCGGUCCACAUCCACCCUGCCUUUGCCCGCCAGGCCGCACAGGAGCCCAGCACUGCCCCCUGGGCCCGGCCACUGACGGUGAACACCGAGGCCCAGCAGCUGCUGAAAGAGUUUGAGGAGGCCACAGGGGAGGCGGGCUGGGGGGCAGGCGAGGGCAGGCUCGGGCAUAAGCGCAAACAGCCCUUGCCCAAGCGGGUGGCCAAGGUCCUACGGCCCUCCAGCACCCUGCUGCUGACCCAGGAGGAGCAGGGUGAGCUGGAACCCCUCAAAGGCAACUUUGACUGGGAGGCCAUCUUCGAGGCUGGCACUCUGGGCGGGGAGCUGAGCACACUGGAGGCCCUGGAGCUAAGUCCACCGCUGAGCCCUGCCUCACAUGGCGAUGUGGACCUCACGGUCCACGGCCACCACAUCGACUGCCCUGCUACCUGGGGUCCUCCAGUGGAGCAGGCUGCUGACAGCCUGGACUUCGACGAGACCUUCCUGGCCACAUCCUUCCUACAGCAUCCAUGGGAGGAGAGUGGUAGUGGCUGCCUGCCCCCAGAGCCCCUCUUUGAGGCUGGGGAUGCCACUCUGGCCGCUGACCUGCAGGACUGGGCCAGUGUGGGUGCCUUCUUGUAAGAGGCCAGACCCUGCCCCACCUCCAGACAGUGCCCAACUCAGGGCCCAGACUGCCCCCCAACACAGGCCCAUGGAUACCCCACCUCCCAGGCAGGGGCUGGGCCAGGUCUCCUGAGGCUGGCUUCAUGAGACCACACUGCUGCCAGCCUGGGAUGUCCUCAGAUUCAAGCCCAGGAGGCUGAGAACUUGGGGUCCAGGACCAGAAUUGCUGCCUCCCCCAUCAGCCCCCACAUACACACAGUGUUUCAUUCACCCGCAUGUCUCCACCCCAGGAACAGGGUAAACGGCCCUGCACCUUGCGAGCUGAGGGCUGGAGGAGCCCAGCCGGGCUGGGGAGGAACAGAACAGGGCCCUCCCUAGAGCACCUUCGCUUUGCCACCUCACCCACUCCCUCCUGCUUCCCCAGGUCUCAAUCCAGAGAAAGUUCCCAAGUACAACAAAUGCUAAUUAGGUGACAGCAAAUUAACCCCCUAGAGGCCUCUCCUGGCAGAACCUCCCCUGGGGCCAGGGCUGCAGUAGUAGAGAGGAACGUGGCUGGUGAUGGACUGGGGGAGGGGAGCAGAGAGGAGGCAGAAAUGAGGUGGGGGCGCCAAGGGGGGCAGUAUGUUCUCUAGGGCUUCUGGGAUCUUCAACUGGCUGCAUCCCCAGGGGUGGGGCUGAGGAUGCAAAUCCCUUAUCUUUGACCCCGAUUUAAGAUUGGCAGGAAGUUGGGGGUUUUGGGGGGGGUUGGGCAGGGGUAGCCAAGCUGCAGGGAGGUGGGGGGGACCGACAGACUAAUGUAGUGAGUGUAGUGUAGCUGAGACUUAACUGGGAGGGACACCCAGCUUGCUGGAACCACCAGGACCAGGAAAGGGGCAGCCCCAUGCCCCUGCCUGCACUUGGGGGAUGGGGUCUCGCUCUACCCUGAUCCCUGAGGAUGCCACCUGUAUCCACCCUCCACAUGGGGCAACUUUAACGUUUUUCAUGAAAAGUUAUUUACAAUAAAAAAUUUUUAAAAAUAAAAUUUUGAAAAAUC